GGCGCCGCGCUGGAGUGCACCUACAUCGAAAUCGAGCAAGUCGAAAAGACCCACGCCGUGGUCCUGAGCCGCCCCUCCUGGCUCUGGGGGGCAGAGAUGGGGGCCAACGAACACGGCGUGUGCAUCGGGAACGAAGCGGUGUGGGGGAGAGAGGAGGUCUGCGGCGAUGAAGCUCUUCUCGGCAUGGACCUCGUAAGGCUUGGACUCGAGAGAGCGGACACAGCUGAAAAGGCUCUUACCGUCAUAGUUGAUUUGCUAGAAAAAUAUGGACAGGGAGGAAACUGUAUGGAGAGCCACAUGGUAUUUACAUACCAUAACAGUUUUCUGAUAGCCGACAGAAAGGAAGCAUGGGUGCUGGAGACAUCAGGAAAAUACUGGGCAGCAGAAAAAGUAGAAGGAGGUGUACGGAAUAUUUCCAACCAGCUCUCCAUCACAACCAAGAUUGACAGAGAACACCCAGAAUUGAAGGAAUAUGCCAAAAGCAAGGGCUGGUGGGAUGGGGAAAAGGAAUUUGAUUUCGCUGCCACAUAUUCUUAUGUAAAUACUGCCAGAAUGACCACAUCCAGAGGCCGAUAUUGUGAAGGCUAUAAACUUCUGAACAAACACAAAGGAUCUAUCACUUCUGAAAUAAUGAUGGAAAUUCUUCGUGACAAAGAGAGUGGCAUUAAUAUGGAAGGUGGAUUUAUGACAACUGGAAGCAUGGUGUCUGUAUUGCCUCAGCAGGCUAAUCUGCCAUGUAUUCACUUCUUUACCGGAACUCCAGAUCCUGCGAGGUCUGUAUUCAAGCCUUUCAUUUUUGUGCCCAAUAUUACUCAGUUAUUGAAAACUAGCUCCCCUACAUUUGGUCAUAAUGAUCCAGUUAAGAAGCAACCACGUUUUCAGAAUAAGCCAGAUCGAAGACAUGAGCUCUAUAAAAAACAUGAAAGUGCUGCUGUAGUUAUGGAAACUAUCAAGGGCAAAGGUAAGGAGAUGCUGAAAGAGAUACAGGAGUUGGAGAAACAGAAGAUAAGUGAAAUGGAAGCAAUCCUGCAGAAUGGAUGUCUUGACAUUAACCAAGUGGUUAACCUUUUUUCACAGUGUGUAGAAGAAGAACUCAAAAUAUAUAGCUAAAACUACUAUUUGAAUGUGGUAAAAUUCAGUUUUAUGAUUAACUUUCCUAAUGAAGUGGCUAUAUAGAUUACAUCUUAUUUUCAAUACACCAGGUAGCAUGGACGGUUUUAAAGAUGCAGGUUCAUAUUGAGGCCAAACAGCUUUUGGUUGUAUGAAACAACGCUGAAAAGGCUCUUAAGAGCUAGGCAGUGGCUUUGUCUGUAUGUGGCAUAAAGCUGUCAGCAGAGAUUGAUUUUGUCAACAAACGGAUGCAAUUAGAAUGUAAUAGCGUGACUAAAUUGCGCAACAACCCCAUCUCUGAAUGAAGAACACGAACUCAGAUUCGGAGAACUCACUUCUAGCAUAUACACAUGUAGCUUUUAUAGUCAAGAUAAUCUAGCAGAAUUUCACAUUGCCUGAAUUAAAAUGGUCGUGCUGAAGGACUUUAAAAUGUAGAAGCUAUUACUUGCACUGAAUAAAAAGGAAAGUGAUACGCAAGUCAAGUAAGAUUGAUAUUCAGUUGUUUG